CUGUAAAUGACGGCAAGUACCAUGUAGUUCGCUUCACCCGAAACGGGGGCAAUGCUACACUUCAGGUGGACAACUGGGCCAUCAAUGAGCACUUCCCCUCAGGUAACAGCGAUAAUGAGAGAAUUCAAAUGGCCAAUAAGAAAAUUCCUUUCAAAUAUUCCCGGCCCGUAGAGGAAUGGCUUCAGGAGAAAGGGCGGCAGUUAACGAUAUUCAACACCCAGGCCACUAUUACAAUUGGUGGUUCAGACCACAAGAGGCCAUUUCAGGGCCAACUAUCCGGACUCUACUACAACGGCCUCAAAGUGCUCAACAUGGCUGCUCAGGGCAACCCUAACAUCAAAAUCAAUGGCAGCGUCCGUCUGGUGGGGGAGGUUCCCUCCGCAGGUUCAGCCAGAACCACGGCGCUCCCUCCAGAGAUGUCCACCACCUUUAUUGAGACCACCACCACCAUGUCUACCACCACCACGAGAAAACACCGCACUCCACCCACAAUACAGACCACGGAUGACAUGGUCUCUUCGGCUGAAUGCUCCAGUGAUGACGAGGACUUUGCUGAGUGCGAAGGACAUGCAGGUGGGCUAGAUAAGACCUUGUCUUCGUCGACCUUUGAAGGUGGCUACAAAGCUCACGCGCCUAAGUGGGGAUCCAAGGACUUUAGACCUAACAAAGUCUCCGAUUCUGGUAGGACUACUACCACGUCUUUUUCCCCCAAGCUGAGCCGCUCCACAACCACGUCCACGCCACCCAAACUGCCCGCGGGCAAAAUGAAUCACAGGGAGCUAAAGCCCCAGCCCGACAUAGUCUUGCUUCCAUUGCCCACUUCCUAUGAGGUAGACAACACAAAGCUGAAGAGCCCAUUAAUAACCUCCCCCAUGUUCCGUAAUGUACCCACAGCAAUCCCCACGGAGCCGGGCAUCAGACGGGUUCCGGGGGCCUCCGAGGUGGUCCGUGAAUCUAGCAGCACCACCGGAAUGGUCGUCGGGAUAAUUGCCGCUGCCGCUUUGUGCAUCCUAAUUCUGCUGUACGCCAUGUAUAAGUACAGAAACAGGGACGAGGGAUCCUACCAAGUGGAUGAGACCAGGAAUUAUAUAACCAACUCGGCGCAGAGCAAUGGAGCAGUCAUGAAGGACAAGCAGCAGAGUGCGAAAAGCGGCAACAAGAAACAGAAAAACAAGGACAAGGAGUACUACGUGUGAGUCCGAAAGUCGCCCGUCGCUUUGACAGAACUUUGAGCUGUUGGACACUGCGCCGAGAGAGGGCGACAGGAGCCGAACCCCGGCACUGUGAAGGCGAGAAGGCGAACUCUGAUGCGAACUGUACCAUAAAGCACACUUACAACCGUAAGCAUACCACGAAGGUAAAAUAGCAAACAUUAGUGACCUUAUUCCUCUAUCUGGUCGGAGACGUUAACAGUGUAGAAUAUUCCACAGCUACAUCAUAAUCCUAAGUGACUUUUAGAGGUAUGUGAACCUUGGCGUAAAUCUUGUUUUUAUUUUUAUUUUCUUUUGUAACUCUGUAAAAAAAAAAAAAGAGGAGAACGUUUCAAGCAUGUAAGAGACACAUAGUGCUGAUGUCCGUAACGAAAGUGGGACCCAAAAAAUGUUGUUCACGCGAAAAAAAGGACUCCUGCCAACAAAAUAAAUAAAUAUAUGAAUAUAUAUAUAUAUAUAUAUAAAAAUUCUAUAUAUGAGAAAUUUGUAUUGUUUAUACAUUACAUGUGAUGGCUUAUCAUUUUUGCUCUCUGCAAAAAGAAGAAAAACACAUUGUAAUAAACGAAGACCUGUCACCGAGGCUCUGACAGCACAGCACUGUUAGGAUUUCCAGCCGAAACUGAUCAUUUUAAUUGUGCAACCAACUGUAAUAUUGCAAAUGUGUGAGUUUCCAGAAAGACAGUGACAUUUCCUUGUCUCAGUAAAGCGACUGAUUGUAGUGCAUGCCAUGCCAUCCUUCGCUUCGAUCACAGUCGCCCACCGGGCCGAUCCGAUCAUCAGAUGGACCUCUCGUCCCUCAAAGCGACUCGUCAAGGCAAUGUGUCGCAGAAUGGAACUUUUUCAACCGUAUGUAUGUUGGUCCAUUUGCUCUCGUCUCUUUUUUAUACAGCUGUCUGAUGCAGACUGGCGCAGUGCUAUGAUACUGUUAAAGGAUGUCUAUACGAAAAUAAAUCUAAUGUGAAAAGUGUGAGAAAAAA